AUGCUCUCGACUAACGAUAGCAUGCAUGACUUAUUGGCAUGUGUUGAUUGUUAUACGCGUUGGCCACUUGCUAUGUCUUUACGAGAUGUUUCUGUAGAAACUGUAGCGCGAACAUUCAUUGAAAAUUGGAUUUUCGUCUUUGGCACGUCAGCCACUAUUACUACUGAUAGAAGGCCCCAAUUCAAUUCAGUCUUGUUUCGUGACUUGAACUACUUGCUCGGUUGUUCCCACUUACGGACAACCGUCUAUCACCCAGCUGCAAAUGGCAUCUUUAAACAUCUCCAUCGCCAACUUAAAGCCUUAAUUACUGCUUCACAUUCGAACUUACAAUGGUCAGAACGUCUACCGAUUCUCUUGCUUGGUAUUCGUGAUACCAUUAUAGAAGACAUUGGCUGUUGUCCCGCUGAGUUGCUUUUUGGCACUACUCUCAGGCUUCCCGGAGAAAUGGUGCUUGACUCAAGAGUGACUGGAGAAGUUGAUCCGACCUCUACGUCACACGCCUGAGGCAACACUUCAGCUCAAUUCGUCCUCACGUCGAAUCAGCCCUCGGGGUCAACAGGUACACCCGGAUUUACG